AUGGAUAUGUUAACGUCCGCCGAGCAGCGCACUCUCGAGCAGCGCAUGCAAAAGCGUCAAGUCAAGGAAUUCGUCGGCGCUUUCGGCGGCCUCGUCGAGCACUGCUUCACCUCCUGCGUCGACGACUUCACCUCCAAGUCCCUCUCCUCCAAGGAAACCGGCUGCCUCAACCGUUGCGUCCUCAAGUGGAUGGCCACCCAGCAGCGCGUCAGCGAGCGCUUCCAGGAGCACAACGCACAGAUUACGCAGCAGAUGCAGAAAUAA